UUCACUACAAGAUUUUUGUGUUGCCGGUUCCUUUUCUAGGAGGACGACAGAAGUUGGUUCGUCGUGGCCUGCAUCGCCUAUCGUGCCAAACCUUGGCAAAGGGGAGUGAGUCGGCCAGCCAGAGAAAUGGGGGCGCAAGUAGCAGACAACACGGGUGCCGCAGGCAGUGCUGCCUCGAGCAGUUCGCGACGAAGGGUCGCGACGGUCGCCACCAUCAUGUUGUUUCCAAGCAAGACGGAGACAAGGGCGUCUGUUGUAGUCGUGGGAGGAUUAAGGCAAGGAUGGGCGAGAGUCGGCCGCAUGGUCUUCCAUCCCGCGGACGUCUUCCCGACCGAGGUGGAGCUCAGUGAAGACCAAGGAACCCUUGAGGACCCGCCACAGAUUUACGCAUUUGUGACAACGGCCAUGAAGYUGGUACUAAGCGUUGGCGUGUGCCCCCUUAGGAAGACGCACUGGUUCGACGUCGGGGUCGUCUACGACGUCGUGAACAAGUCUAUCCACCGCAAGUUCGAGGACGAGAUCAUGUGGUURUCCCUGYGCAUUAUGAGGAACCACCACRCUCGGCAGGGACCAUUCAUAUACAUCGAGCAUUACGAUCGCRUUGGAYCGUAUGAUGUCGGAUUCCGUGUCGCGGAGAGGAUGGCUGGAGCUCGGCGCGAUCUUACGAUCCCCAGGCCUGAUGUUAGUAAGGGCAAGACCGAAAAGGAGAGGGAUGUGCGAAAAGCCUUAAGCUCGAGAAGCGGUUUAGAGGCAUUUGGAGGCCAAGUUAUGAGACUGGGUCUCGACAUGGAAAAAGUUUGGUCGGGCGUACCGAAUAUGUUUCUGCUUGGUGGACACGACGGGAGAAGGGGCGUGGCUCCUUUGGUGGCGUCUCUGUCAUCAUUACGUGUGGAGAGGCCGUCAUCGUCCCACCUUCAGACGGCCUCUGCGGGAAUGCGUUCCGUCUUGAACAGGCCAGUCCUCCGAAGAGGAACGUCACCAGCGGUCCCUCAAGCACAAAAGAUUAAGAAGGGAAUCCAACCUCCAGUCGCGCCCGUUGUCAGUGCGAAGGCGCAACAAGAGGCGCCGGUAGUAAUCGUGGAAGAAGACUUGGAUACGGAAGAUGAGAAAUUAAGGGCGGAGGACGAGUGUCAGACAAAGUUACGCGCCCAAAAACGAGGUCUAGAUGAGAAUCAAGAUAAGGAAAAGGGUGAGGGAGAAGAGGAAGAGAACAAGAAGAAGAAGAACCGAUACACGAUUCCGAUUGAGGAAGGGAUCGACAUUGAGAAGAUGGUGGAUCGAAUACUUGAGAGCUAUCGAGAUUUGGUAACACUCAAGGAAUUUUUGGCAGCCUCGUCAAAGAUUCGGGAAAAGUUUAAGCAAAGACUAACUCGACGAAAAGUGAUGACGGUUAAACUAGGGGAGGUAAUCUCACCAGAGGCAAAUUGGACUCUUGCGGGAGCAAAGAUGGAUUGGAGGUGUGUAGCGACUGGGCACGUAAUGGUCAAGAUAGGUGUUUCACAACAUCUUAUGCUCGUUGACACCGGAGCGGAGAUUAACAUAUUAAGGGAAAAAGAGGCGCUAGAGUUAGGAAUUGAGAUUGAUCGCACUAAUAAUGGAUUUCUGGUUGGCGCAGGAGGGUCGACACCCUUCUGUGGAACUGCCAGUAAUGUCAGUAUACAGAUCGGCAAGGUAAAGAUACGGUCUUAUUUUUACGUGUUGCCACUGGUCGAGCAUGGGGUGAUGUUGGGACGAUCGUUCUUAUGCCGAUCAGAGUCCAUGAUCAUCAAUAAGCAUGAUGGAACGAUGUUCAUAAUACUGUGCGAUCCAGUGUGUGGACACUUCGAGGUGAUCAAGUGCUCGAACACCAGGCCUAAGAAUUCAAGGAACGGGUUGAAUCCUAAAUCCUAUAGCUUCGAGGAAGCGGAACAGUUGGUGAAAGAACAAGAGUCAUAUGGGGAGGACGAUGGGGAGAACCUGAGGGAGUUUUCCUUAGCUCUUCCCGAUGUCUCACAGACUCUCGUUUCAACCCACUCUGAAAUCGACCGAAACCGUGUACAGACGCUAACUGAGAUUGUGUUUGAAGGUGGUGGCACGGGGAGUAUGUUCUUAACAUACCGACCUAGCACCCAGUCAGGAGGGAAAGCGGAAGUGAAGCUACAGUUCAAGACGACAUCGAGCUCUCGCCAAGACAAGGUUCAAAAGAUGGUGCGGGUUGUGAUCGCUUGCUUAUCCGAGAGAUUAGCAGCUCAAGAGAAGGGAGUUAUUUUGUUCAUGGGGAAUAAUGUGGAAGAGUUCAUUGAUCUUUUCACGAAACUCGCUAACAAGGAACAAUGGACUGAGGAUCGAAUGAGAGACCAACUGGCUCGGUACUCGGACAAAUACUGGAGACCCGUUGUUGAUAUUCUUGCAGAGGCGUCAGGAAACUGGGCCGAAUUCGUUGCGGUCAUGAGAGAUACCUUUAACUUUGGAAGUAUAGAAGAAAAGAGCAACCAAGCCAUGAUACAAAUCACUCCUGUAGAGACUCAGCCUGGGGCCGGAAACACAUCGAUUACGGAGCUACUGACAGGUAUCAUUGAACGACUCGAUGAGUUGGAUCGUCGUGUUACCCGCCUGGAAGGGACGCAGGGAAGGAAAUAUUAUGGAUCGCAGCCAACCACAUCUUCGGUAAAAGGGAAGGAGAAAGUGGUUGAGCCUGCCUCGAGGAGUACUCAAAGGAAAUCUCUGGAUGGCAGACCUUCACAACAUUCGAAGACAGGAUCCUUGGUAAUCAAGAAGGGAAGCUUGUCGCAGGAGAAAGACGGAGUGUCGGAGUCCAUAAAGGUUGCUAGGCUGGCACAUCAGAAAAGCGUAGUUGUUGGAAGCAAGAAAGAGAGGGUCACAUUGUCUAGCGAUGAGAAACGGACAAAGAUUGCCAAAGACGAUUCCUCAGGCCGAGAGAGGGGAAAUGCACUUAGUACGGAACAACGUAGCGAGGUUUUGAGGAGGGUUCUUAGUCCUACGCUGUCUGGGUCGAAUGGUAGAACAAACUCUCUGAGGACGAAGGGGACACCGUUGUCGGGACCUCCCUUCUGUGUCGUCUAUCAGAAAACGGGUCAUAAGGAGGACGACAGAAGUUGGUUCGUCGUGGCCUGCAUCGCCUAUCGUGCCAAACCUUGGCAAAGGGGAGUGAGUCGGCCAGCCAGAGAAAUGGGGGCGCAAGUAGCAGACAACACGGGUGCCGCAGGCAGUGCUGCCUCGAGCAGUUCGCGACGAAGGGUCGCGACGGUCGCCACCAUCAUGUUGUUUCCAAGCAAGACGGAGACAAGGGCGUCUGUUGUAGUCGUGGGAGGAUUAAGGCAAGGAUGGGCGAGAGUCGGCCGCAUGGUCUUCCAUCCCGCGGACGUCUUCCCGACCGAGGUGGAGCUCAGUGAAGACCAAGGAACCCUUGAGGACCCGCCACAGAUUUACGCAUUUGUGACAACGGCCAUGAAGYUGGUACUAAGCGUUGGCGUGUGCCCCCUUAGGAAGACGCACUGGUUCGACGUCGGGGUCGUCUACGACGUCGUGAACAAGUCUAUCCACCGCAAGUUCGAGGACGAGAUCAUGUGGUURUCCCUGYGCAUUAUGAGGAACCACCACRCUCGGCAGGGACCAUUCAUAUACAUCGAGCAUUACGAUCGCRUUGGAYCGUAUGAUGUCGGAUUCCGUGUCGCGGAGAGGAUGGCUGGAGCUCGGCGCGAUCUUACGAUCCCCAGGGAGGAGUUUGAUGACGAGCUUAGGGUCCUGUGCGAGAAGUUGGAGUUAAGGAAGCAGGAAUACACGAAGGAGUGUAGGGAACUCGCGGAGAGGGUGGCGAGGGUCGAACAGAUCUUUUUGAGAAUCUGGGGGUUGGAUGACUCUCACCUAGACGGUAAGGUACCCGAAACCCCUGAUCUUAAUCCUCCCGUCAAUCACGACACUCCUGCCACACGUUGCGAUGAUCUCGCGAUUGAGGAGGAGGAAAGGAUUGAGAUGGAAUUGGCAAUUGCCGCCAUUACGGCCUCCAUCCGGGAUUCUCCACUCACGACUGAAAGGGUAGGAGGUAGUGCGUCGGAACGUGAUCAGUACACCGCGUUUGCACCUCUCGCAUCUGCUUUUUGGGUUGAGCAUACGUCCACCGGCCACAAACACGCGAUAUGGAAAAUGGACACUUUCAACCACCUCGCACCGAUCUCCAUACGGGCAUUCCAGUUUCUGGGGAACAUCACAGACGAGCAGGUUAGGCAAUGCAGGGCACAAAUAUUAAAAGGGAAGCUGAAAUACUGUGGCAGGGUUACUCCUCUGGAUCCGCAGGAUCUCAAGUUCCCCCCUAUGCGCGAGUUGGAUCCGGACAAGUGUGGGGAGUCCAGUUCAGGCAUGUGGCAGAAGGGCAUCAGGCAGGAAGGCAAGCCGGAGCUCAGGGCUUUGAGGAAGAUGAUUACCCUUCCGAACGGCAGAAGAGCAUGGAAGAGACAAAAGUCGGAGUGUGAGUUUUUUCUGCACCUGAGGUAUACCAGCCGCAUCAUGGAACCGCUCUCGAUCCGGAAGCUUCUCAAUGAGGUCCUUAGUAGGAUUAUUGGUGAUGACACGGCGACUUGGUUGGAGCGUACCAGAAUCGACUGGACCUACAACUGCAGCACAGCCUCAAAGUUGUGCAGACCGGCAGAGGUUUUCUGUGAAUUCGACGUAGCACGCUGGAUGGACAGCUAUGAUCCGGAGCAUUGCCCCUGCAGGGCACAGAGAUAUGCGGACAUGUGCAGCACAUGGUCAAUCGAGCUACUCCAGAGCGAAGGCUACACGCACGUCAUUACCCUGGAUUCGUCCAUUACGGACAAUCCAUCGCUUCAGGGGAUCAUGAAUGCUGGCCUCAAUCAUAUCCCCUGCAUGGCCCUAGAUACGGAUGAGGCAACCACCGAGCUGGGGAACUUCUUGGACGAUCUUUUUGCACGGGUGUUGGAACUGCGCGAGCUCACUAAUUCCACCAAGUCGUUUUUGCGCAGGGUCAUCCUGAAGAAGGCGAAAGGGAAAAUGAAGAAGUAUCGCAUGGCGCACAGACACGCUACUCCGAAACCGUUUGAGCAUCCGACGGUUAAGAAGGAGCUGGAGUUCUUGACACGCAGAUUUCUCAUCUGCCCAACUGAUAAGGCCCCUAACACCCCGACCUUUGUACGCAAGAACUUCAUCCGGAAGCUCGCCUUCCAGAGGCUGUCAGGACUGGAGUUCGCCUGCGUCAACGCCUCUCUCGCGGCGAUCCUUACGAGCAUACGUGGUGAGCUCUCCGCAUUCCCCGCACUUCCUGCGGCACCUACGACGCUUCCGUACCUCAUCACGGUGCUGAAGGCGCACAAGGGCACCUUUCGGUGGAUCACGAAUACCGCCAACACCAUCAUCUCGCCUGCAGCUGAAGUAUGCGUCUGCCUGCUACAAUUCCUACUUCCGCUUGUGCAAACUUUCUGUCUGGAAAGGAGCGUGGAGGUGCAGCAGCAACACGGGGUGAAACCCAACCUAUGGCGGGCCAUAAACUCGGUGGGCAAAUUCUGUGCGAACUUACCUGAGAGAGUCUACUCGGUGUUCACGGCCGAUAUUACUAGGUGCUUUGAGACCAUCCCCACGGACGGCUCUGAGGACAGUCUCUCGGCGGCAGUCAGAUUCUAUGUGCAGUGUGCAAUGCGGGUCAGGAGGGAGAGAAGCCCUAGCCACGCUAUCCGGAUCAGGUUUGGAGGGAACGACAAUCCUUGGCCGUCGUGGGCGGAUGCUGAUCAGCCGGAGGAGAUGGGGGCGCUGCUAUUCAAAGAAGAGGACAUCUGCUGGAUUACGGACUGGUGCAUUGCAAACAGCUUGCUGCGCAUGGGAGAUUACGUGUGGAGGCAGGUGAGGGGCAUUCCCAUGGGGUUGGCGUGCUCUCCCAUCUGGUGUGACAUAUACUUUUUCAAGUAUGAGUAUCACGCCAUGAUGAAGCUUGUGGACACAGGGGAUGUCCACUUGAUCCCAUGCUUUGACAACACCUGCAGAUACAUUGACGAUCUGGGGGCGGUUAACAACACGGUCAUCGGCGGGUUUCUGCACAAGAAGGAGGAUAGACAGGCGGAUGAUCCAUGUUGGAUAUGUCCGGAGGAAUACAUUGAGAUAAAGGAGAAUACGGAGGUUAGUGAGGAUGGAGUCGGGCUGGUUGCUAAUUUCCUCAGUAUGACAGUUACCAUCACCUGCCCCAUCACCGUCGCUUACUCCACCACCAAGCAUGACAAGCGUGUUGGACUCGGUUUUUCUCCCUGUAAGUUCAUAAAGUACAAAUCUAACAGGAGCGUCAAGCAAUCGCUGCAGAUCAUUACGGCGCAGGUGGCACAGAUUCUCCUACUAUGCUUUGAGCCGGAGGACGCAGCAAAUGAGAUCGCAAAGGUCGUGACGGCAAUGACGGAGAAUGGUUUUUCUGCGGAGUCUUGUUGGAAGGUGGUCAAGAGGACCCUCCGGAGGGCGCAUAUCUACCAACCGGGUAGAUUAUCGGUACACGUGGUUAAGGAGACCCUUUCAAAUCUAUAUGGGAUUACUGACUAACGUGUUGUGAUUGUGUUUGUGUAUGUGCGUUUGUGUGUGUAUCGUGUCCGGGGGAUGACCUGGCCAAAGGGGCCGGUUGUCCUCCGGGCAUCCGACCCCCAGAGCCCAGGUUAUACCUCGG